CAUGAUGCGUCGACCAUGACAGCUUUGCUGCCGCCAUGUCGAAACCAACUGCGAACUGGGACAAGGUGGGCGACCGCUUCUACAGACGGGUACAACUAUACACAUCCGUGUUUGACCCAGACCUUGAAUUAGAGAACUACACCAUCGCGGGUGCUCCGUACAGUGGCGCUUUAGCUUUUCAUCGGGAUGAAACGAAAUUACAGACCUACCGUGGCACGCAGACCACCCGAUCUACGAUCGACAUAUAUAGCAGCGCGGGGAAAUUGAUACGAAGACUCAUUUGGGAUCAAGGAAACAUUAAAGGUCUAGGCUGGAGCGAGGAUGAGAAGCUAAUUACUGUCACCGAGGACGGAACAGUACGAGUGUAUGAAGGUCUGCAGUCAGAUUUUGUACCCUUCUCACUGGGACAUGGAGCUGAAGAACACGGCGUCAUCUCCUGCCGCUUUCAUGCGAAUGGCUUUGUAGCUUUGCUAGGCAAUAACCACCUGGUCUCGGUUCCGCGAUACAAUGACCCUCGUCCCCUUGAAUUAGCCGUACCGCCAGAUCAACUCGUUACGUCGUGGGCAAUCAUAUCACCGGGAGACUCUCUUUCUCGAAGCGUGGAAGUCUUACUCGCAAUCGACAAGACUAUCUACGUGGUGGAUGCUACCGAAGCGGAAGAUAGGGGACUUGACAAAGGGCCAUUUCAUCAUAUCAGCGUCAGUCCCAAUGGCAAAUACAUGGCAUUGUACACUGGCGACGGUCAAGUGUGGAUUAUAUCGUCAGACUUUCAACAAAGGCUUGGAGACUAUGACUCGAAGGUGAAGACAUUGGCGAAAGACAUGCAAUGGUGCGGAAACGAUGCGGUCGCACUGGCUUGGGAAGAUGAAGUACACCUUAUCAGCAUAUCAGGCUCCGCGACAAAGUACUAUUAUGAUGGAUGGGUUCAUCUCAUACCUGACUACGAUGGAUUGAGGUUGUUCACGAACGAUGUUUGCGAGUUCCUUCAACGGGUACCGGAUGAAACGCGGGAGGUAUUCUUGCUUGGCUCAAACUCCCCCGCGGCGGUGUUGCUAGACGCCGUCGAUCAGCUUGAUCAGAGGAGCCCAAAAGCAGAUGAUGAUAUUCAACUCAUCAAAUCUUCUCUUGAUGAGGCUGUCGACACAUGUGUCCGGGCAGCUGGACAGGAAUUCGACGUGCAUUGGCAAAAACAGCUGCUCAAGGCCGCAUCAUUCGGUAAAUCUGUCCUUGAUCUGUACAAUUCGGACGACUUUGUGGAGAUGUGCGAAACCUUACGCGUACUGAAUGCCGUGAGAUUCUACGAGACGGGCCUACCAUUGAGUUAUGAACAGUACAUAAGGUUGACGCCGGAGAGACUUAUUCAACGCCUAAUCAAUCGCAACGAGUAUCUACUUGCUCUUCGAAUAAGCGAAUAUUUACGGUUACCUACGGACAGGAUAUAUGUGCAUUGGGCUAUAAACAAGGUGCGCGUAUCAACUGAUAGCGAGAAUAUUAUCUGCAGGUCUAUUACUCAGAAAUUGUCUGGCCAAAACGGCGUAUCGUACGAAGAAAUCGCCCGCGCUGCCCAUGAGGAGGGCCGACAGAGGCUCGCGACAGAACUUCUGAACUACGAACCAAGGGCUGGAAAGCAGGUCCCCCUUUUGCUUAGCAUGGGUGAAGAUAUCAUCGCUCUUGACAAGGCUAUAGAAUCCGGCGAUACGGAUUUGGUUUAUUACGUUUUAAAUACGCUCAAGAAGAAAUUGCCACUCGCAUCAUUUUUCCGCGUCCUCAAUUCUCGUCCAAUGGCUACAGCUCUUGUCGAGUCUAGUGCAUAUGACGAAGACCUCGAGAUGCUCAAGGACCUAUACUAUCAAGACGAUAGGCGUCUAGAUGGCGCUAACUUGCUCGUUUUGGAGUCUCUUACUGGGCCGAAAGAUGUCACUCACCGCACCGACAAGAUACGCUCUGCAUCACGGCUUCUUGCCGACUCAAAGGACUCUACGUUCACCAAAACAAGCCUAGAUGAAAUUCCAAAACUUCUCAAACUACAAGAAAAUCUAGAAAAAGACGUUGGCCCUGGAUUCGUUGGUCUCCCUGUCAACACCACAAUUUACCGGCUCAUUCGUCUCGGUGCUCUCAAGCGUGCUCAAAAGAUUCAAUCUGAAUUCAAGGUUCCGGAACGUACUUUCUGGUUCAUCCGACUGCGAGCUUUGGUUGCCAAGCGAGACUGGACAGAGCUCGAAGAGCUGAGUAAAUUGAAGAAGAGCCCGAUUGGAUGGGAACCCUUCUUUCACGAGAUCCUAGGGGCGGGCAAUUUGAGAACAGCGGCCUUAUUCAUCCCAAAAUGUACAGGGCUAAAAGUCGCAGAGCGUGUAGAUAUGUGGGUCAAGGUUGGCAUGGUUGCAAAAGGUGCGGAAGAAGCCGCAAAGGCAAAAGAUUUGAACUUAUUAAAGGAUCUAAGGAGCAAGGCGGGACCAAGGGAGCUGGGAGAGGUGGAAAGGUUUAUUGGACAGCUUGAGGGUGGGAGGAAAUAACACCGCAUGCGCGUCACUAAUGCCUGUUUGAUAUAAAAUGCGCACGCCGGCGACGACAAAGCAUUGUUUGCUACGAAACUCGCUAGGUUUGCUACGCUUUCCCUGAAUAUACUCUGCUCAUUCUUCCAUCC